UGUUCAGGGAUUGGUAGCAUGGGAUACGCCCGCCAGUCACACCACUGAAGUCUAGCGAAGGUUCACUUUAUUUCAGGCUGUGGCUUUGCAUCAGGAGGACUUGGGUACCUAUUACAAGAAACAACAAAAUACUAACAUUGGAAAAGCAACAGGGCCCAACACGAUCUAUCACCACCCCAUUCAACUCCAGAAGAGGGCGGGUGUUCAUUUGACUGAAUAGCCACAGUAGUCCACAGACGGUUUCAAGUCACCCCACAGCCUAACUGCGUUCAUCAACUCAGAACACGCCGGCCGGCUUGUCUCGUAUGAAAUUGUGAUUUCACUGUUUGUUUGGAUCAAGACUCUUCCAGUGAUUUCUAAUCAAGACAGGGAUAUAAAGUAUGAAGAUCUUCUCCAGGAGGAUAGAUAAGUUGGUCCUUGUUCCGGCAAUUCUGAUCGUGUUCCUGAUAGUUCUACAAGGUGUCACCGGUGAAUACCCCCCAACCAACAGCUCAUGCCCAAGCACCCAGUUCCAAUGUAACGAUGCGAAAUGCAUCCCAAUGGGUUGGAGAUGUGAUGGGGACGUUGACUGCACAGACAAAUCGGACGAGAUAGAUUGUCCAAGUACAACAUGUGCUGAAGACGAGUUUCACUGUCAGGACAAGAAAUGUAUCCCCAUGAGAUGGACCUGUGACAAGGAUAAUGAUUGUAAAGACGGUUCAGACGAAGCAACAGAACUUUGUAAUCGUAGAACUUGUGGUCCAGAUAAGUUUGUCUGCGAUUCUGGUGUAUGUAUUCCUUCGGACUGGAGGUGUGAUGGAUCAUCAGAUUGCCAGGGAGGGGAAGAUGAAAAGAACUGCACUUCCACGUGUGAAGGAGAUGAAUACCGCUGUGAUAAUGGACAGUGUAUAGCACAACGAUGGAAGUGUGAUGGAGACAAGGACUGUAAAGAUGGCUCUGAUGAGGACAAGUGUGAGUCCCCACAGUCGUGUGAACCAGAUGAGUUUAUGUGUCAUGAUGGCCCUUGUAUUAAGAAAGACUGGCAGUGUGAUGGGGACUUUGACUGCAAUGACAGGAGUGAUGAAAACAAGUGUAAUGGCACCACUACUGAAUGCUCGGAGUCACAGUUUAAAUGCAAAACGUCUGGCGAAUGUAUCCACAGUUCCUGGUUCUGCGACAAUGACGAUGACUGCGAGGAUUUGUCUGAUGAGAAUUGCAAUACUACAUGCCGCAGUGAUCAGAUCAUGUGCUUAGAGGGACGUUACUGUUUGUCGAAGUCUGUGCAGUGUGAUGGUUCCAAGGAUUGUCAAGAUGGUUCUGAUGAAGUUAAUUGCACCACUCCAAGUCCAUGCAAGGAAACUGAUUUUCACUGUGGAGAUGGAGUUUGUAUUGACAAGUCACUUGUGUGUGAUGGAACCAUGAACUGCAAGAACAUGGAAGAUGAAAACAAGGACCAGGGUUGUGCACCUCAUGAUGAUCCAUGCAGCGACAAUAAUGGUGGAUGUGACCACAUCUGUGUCAACCUGUUCGGAAACAAGCGCAAGUGUGACUGUAAUCCAGGCUUCACACUGAUGAAUGAUUCCGAGACUGUGUGUACUGACAUCGAUGAGUGCAAGGACAAUCUCAUUCAUGGCACUUGCUCACAGAUCUGUAAGAACACCAAGGGAGGCUACAAGUGUGAAUGUGUUAAUAAUUACUCCCUGGUCAACAAGAGAUACUGCAAAGCUGAUGGUGGCCACCCAGAGCUGCUGCUUGCAAGCAGGAAGGAUCUUCGUAAAAUCACCCUUGAAACUUUUGAUUACAACCUCCUCCUUGAUGAUGGUCAUAUAUCUGCUGCAAUUGCUAUGGAUUUUGACUUUGUUGGAAAGAAGUUUUACUGGACAGAUGUAGCCAAGGAGGCUGUUUUCAGGGCUGACUUCGGCAACAAGUCAUCAGUUGAAGAGGUAGCAUCCACAGAUGUCAGCACCCCAGAUGGCCUUGCUGUAGACUGGAUCAACAAGCACCUCUACUGGACUGACACUGGCUUUGACAGGAUUGAAGUGUCCUCCUUGGAUGGCAAAAUGAGGAAAACUCUUAUUAACACUGGAUUAGAUGAGCCUAGAGCCAUAGUAUUGGAUCCCAAUCAUGGACUUAUGUAUUGGACUGACUGGGGUAAACAGCCUAAGAUUGAGCGAUGUGGAAUGGAUGGCAAUGACAGGAAGGUUAUCAUCAACACAACCAUCACCUGGCCCAAUGGACUCACAAUAGAUUAUGUUGCCAACAGACUGUACUGGAUUGAUGCCAAGCGACACACCAUCGAGAGCUCAAACAUGCUUGGAUUGGAGCGAGUGUCUAUUCUUAAGAGCCACCUGCACCUCAACCAUCCUUUUGCCAUCACUGUGUUUGAGGAUUACCUUUACUGGACUGACUGGCCAUCUGAGUCUGUUAGGAAAUUCAGCAAGUUUGGUAGACGUGGUGAGGAAAUAAGCCAGGUGGAGACCAUUGCCCUGAAUCUGCACUCACCCAUGGAUGUACAUGUAUUCCAUCCCUACAGACAACAAAUACAGAGAAGGUUAUGUGGCACUGACAAUGGUGGCUGUUCCCACUUCUGCCUGCCUAAAGCUUAUGAUGCAAGGAACACUGAAUUCUAUGUAUGUGACUGUCCCAAUGGAUUCGUCUUGUCAUCAGAUAGGAAGAACUGUGUUGAAGGAGACGUUACAACCGGGACUACACCCAGCAAAGCCAGUCCUACUCCAGUGCCGGUCGAACCAGAUUCUCCAAAUAGAAGUCACAAUCGCUCAUCUAGUCAUGGUCCAGCUGUUGUAACCACCGGUAAAACUCCAGUGUCUGAGGUUACGGCAGUACCAGCCACAGGAUCUGAAGUAACAGAAGGUCCUGGCUACACAGUCGUCAGUCAUCCCGACCAGGUGAACACAACAGAACAGCACACACCGGAGCAUAUGGCUGAAGAAAAUAUUGGUCACAUUGCUGGCAUUGUCAUCAGUGUCUUGUGUGCCCUCUUCCUCAUUCUUGGCAUUGUUGGUUACGUGCUGUACAAAAGAUACUCCAGAGGACAUGGAAAGAGCAUGAACUUUGAUAAUCCCGUCUACAGGAAGACAACCACAGCAGAUGAUGUCACUAUUGAAAACAAGUUGCCACCGAGUAUGCAGCCCUUAACACAGAACAACGGUGAUGUUAUAUGUUGAACAUGGUACCAUCAGCUUGGCUAUAAUCAUCAUCUGACAAGUGGCUUUUGUUAAACAGCAGGAAUGUGCUGUUAUGUUGCAGUGAAAUAACAGUGACGACAUGAGUAACAGCAGAAUAACGGUAAACAGCCUUUAUUGCCAUCAGGCUGUCCUUAUGGAACCACCAUGAAUGUGAUGCGUGUGUGGAACUUCAUCAUCUGUCAUUGUUGACCCACUGAAUGUUGUCGCUGUUGUCAUCGCCACGACUACCACUACCAUCAUCGCCAAGUGACCGAUGUGGUCAUGUGUCUACUCACUGCGUCCCUGCCAACUUGGUGUCUGCUCAUACCACGCCAGCAUGGCAAAAAGUGCAUCAUUGUGAUCAGUUUCCCUUGCUAUGGUUGUUAAGACUGUUGGAUGAAUUCAUAGAAACGGAGAAUGUUUAUUUCAUUAUUAAAUUAUUUUGUUGAUUUGUCUGUGUGUGUACACUAGCAGCAUGCAAUGCCUGAAAGUGUGAGAGUUGGGCUGAGGCCCUCAUUAUUUAUGCUUUAUCACAGAAAAACUCAUCAUUCGCCUCAGUUGUUGAUUUUGAUCAUGACUGAGUUGAUCAUGUGUUCCCCAUAACACAAAAAUUCCACUGACAAUGCUAGCUCUCUGCACUGGUAUGUUACAAACUGAACAAAAAUGUGCCAGACGGAAGGAUUGUAUUCGUGGACGGUGGGCUGGAGAGAAGACACAUUACCAAACAUCUGGGCUAGACAGGACAUGUUGGUGCUCAUCAAUGCCCAACAAGCACACCCCAGUGUGCUGCGAGCUUCCCCCAUCACUGAGGAUGUCUCAUGGAGACCUCAUGGACUACUCCCCAUCCGUGCACUAUCACAGUGCUUAUACCCUCAGCAACAAUCAUUCCCCUUCGUCAGCUGCUGAGAACAUCCAACCAAUGAUGAAUCUCCAUGAACUCGAGCCACCGACCCAGGAAAAGGGCUGGACAACCAGGCCGAGCGAGAACAAAGUGCAGUCUUAAUCAGUGAGGCAGAGAGCAAAAGACGAUAACUAUUUAUUCCAUGGAGGAAGGCCAGUUGGCUAGACCCAUGUGCCUUCACCUCCUGUAAUAAACAAUGUCCUUCAGUCAAGUGUGUACAUAUUAAUGUUCCUGUAAUGUAUGUGAUGAUACGUCCUGUGUGUAUGGAUAUGUGUGUACAUAGUGUAAUGUGUAUAGUGUGGUGUGUUAACAUGCUAGUGUUGCUACUGCAUCAGGCUGUGUCAGAGCUCCGGAGCUCAUCGGAGCCAAGUUUGUCAAUCUCAUUAAGGACUUAGGGCCAUAGCUACUAGAAUCACUAGACAACUGACUCCAUAUACAGCUUCCCUUGUGCUUUUGCUAUAAGAAUAACCGGCAGUAGUGAGUAUUUAGAUCAGCCAUUCCGUAGUUCGAAGUAUUCUUGCUGCUUGAGCUGUAGUCACAGCCAUCAGGGCACACAGGGUAAGCACAGGUUAUCAGCUUCCUGCCACCACUGCAAUCAAAUAUAUAAAUUCUUCGGGUGUGCCAGGCAGGUGUUCAAUCUCAGGACUUCUACCAUGUGAAACCAAUAAGCAUGCAACAUCUCAACCAAUAAAUCUCAAUUGUACCACAAGUAACACCUAUGCCGCCUAUGUUUUUACCAUCUACCAUUCGUUUUCACAGCCUUUUUGAUGUUUUAUUGAAAUCCACUUUGAGUUUGGUCAAUAUUGUGCAUAGAUGUGGCUAAUGCAAAAGUUUGGUUUAAAAGUGCUCAUUUGUUUGGUUGUGAUAAUGUAGUUUUUACAAUGCACGUACAGCUAAGUUUCUAGUUUUGAGGGCACCUUUUCUCACAAUGCAAAACCUACUGAGCUGUUUCUCAGUGGGCUAAGUCACAUCGUGUUAAUAUAUUUAAUGUUUUGUUUAUUUUCUGUAUAAAAUUUGUAUAUUAACAUCCUGUACAGCUGCUUGUAUAUUGUUUAAGAACAUAAUGUAUUUGUGAAUCUCACAGCAGACACAGAUUCAGUGUACAAGAGAAUGAAUGCUUAUGAAGCAAGAGAAUGUGAAAGAUGUAUGACUGCAAAUCAAGUGUGGCUCUGUUUGUAUGGCUGUAAAAAACGUUUGAAUUUCCAUUGUACAUGUGUAGAUAAUGUGCUCUGUAAAUCAAGAAUGUAUCAUUUUUUGGUCAAAAAUGCAAUGUAAUAAAUUUCUAUUUAAAGAUAA